AUCCACCCAAAAGGAACACAGUGAGACCGACCAGUCCGAGCAAGAAAAAUCUUGAACUGUAUACACCUCCCACUUUGGUUAUCUGACUUCUCUUAGUGCUGCUGAGCAAACUGCCACGGGCUCCACAUCCUUUUGACUGUUGCCAUGAACAUGAAGGCUUUUCUGCUGCUUCUCGCCGCAUGUAUGGUCAGCGGAGGACAUCUUCCCAUCGCCGUGUGGCAGUUUGGGGAGAUGAUCACCUGUGCCCAGCCUGGCGUUAAUCCUCUGGCGUACAACGAGUACGGCUGCUGGUGCGGCUUGGGCGGAGGUGGAACACCUGUGGACGAUGUGGACAGAUGCUGUGAAGUCCAUGAUAAAUGCUAUCAAAGCAGCAGAAAGAUUCCGGGAUGUGAGGGUAUUUUUGACCUGCCCCACAUUAUCGCUUAUGAUUUCAGCUGCUCAAACAAACAGGUGCAUUGCUCAGCAGCAACCAACGACAAGUGCCAGGCUGCGGUGUGUGAGUGCGACCGUGUGGCGGCUCACUGCUUUGCCCGGCACACGUACAACCCUGACAACAAGUAUCUGGAUCCUAAAUUCUGCUCCACAUGACAACAAGCACCUGGAUCCUGAGCUCUUGGUCGGCUGAGUCACAUCGCAGCCAGAGCGCACAAUGUAUAACACAGCUGACUUCCACGUCUAAUGCCUUUUUGGGAAGCCAUUAUAAAAUUAUGGAUGUUUUACUCUGAUUUUUCUGAAGGAAAUCAGUUGAAUAAACUGUGUCUACUCAU